UCGCGCGGCGGCAGCCGUUGGGCGCCGCGCGCAUGCGCAAGGGGUGGGCCGGCCGUUGGCGCGCGGGGCGCGGGGCGCGGGGCACGCUUCCGGGAGGGGCUGUCAUUGCGGCGGCGGGCCGAGCCCGAGCCGAGGGCGAUCCUGCCGUCCCGGCGGCCCCGGGCUGGUCGGGGAGGGCGCGGGCGUGGCGGGCUUCUCCGAGGCCCAGGGCCCCGCCGCCCUGCGCUGCCGCCGCUGCUGCUGCGGUGUUUGGGGCUCGCGGUGCCAGAGGCUCCGGGCGAAGAGGCUGUUCCCGGAGGGCCAGCUCGGCGGGGCGGCCCGUCCCGGGGCACUCGAGGGCGGGCCGCCGCCUCCCCUCCAGGCCGGCCUCGUUCCGAGCUUUGCGUCCUGUCCGCACCAUGGCGGAACAGGAUGUGGAAAAUGAGCUGCUGGACUACGAGGAGGACGAAGAGCCACAGGCUCCCCCCGAGAGCACGCCAGCUCCCCCCAAGAAAGACGUCAAGGGUUCCUACGUUUCCAUCCACAGCUCUGGCUUCCGGGACUUUCUGCUGAAGCCGGAGCUGCUGAGGGCCAUAGUGGACUGUGGCUUUGAGCAUCCGUCUGAGGUCCAGCACGAGUGUAUCCCCCAAGCCAUCCUGGGCAUGGACGUGCUGUGCCAGGCCAAGUCUGGGAUGGGCAAGACGGCCGUCUUCGUGCUGGCCACCCUGCAGCAGAUUGAGCCCGUCAACGGACAGGUGACGGUCCUGGUCAUGUGCCACACUCGGGAGCUGGCAUUCCAGAUCAGCAAGGAGUAUGAGCGCUUCUCCAAGUACAUGCCCAGCGUCAAGGUGUCUGUGUUCUUUGGGGGUCUCUCCAUCAAGAAGGAUGAAGACGUGUUGAAGAAGAACUGCCCGCACGUCGUGGUGGGGACACCGGGCCGCAUCCUGGCGCUCGUGCGCAACCGGAGCCUCAGCCUGAAGCACGUGAAGCACUUCGUGCUGGACGAGUGCGACAAGAUGCUGGAGCAGCUGGACAUGCGGCGGGACGUGCAGGAGAUCUUCCGCCUGACGCCCCACGAGAAGCAGUGCAUGAUGUUCAGCGCCACCCUGAGUAAGGAGAUCCGGCCCGUCUGCAGGAAGUUCAUGCAGGACCCCAUGGAGGUGUUUGUGGACGACGAGACUAAACUCACGCUGCACGGCCUGCAGCAGUACUAUGUCAAGCUCAAGGACAGCGAGAAGAACCGCAAGCUCUUUGACCUCCUGGACGUGCUGGAGUUCAACCAGGUGGUGAUCUUCGUGAAGUCAGUGCAGCGCUGCAUGGCCCUGGCCCAGCUCUUGGUGGAGCAGAACUUCCCGGCCAUCGCCAUCCACAGGGGCAUGGCCCAGGAGGAGCGCCUGUCGCGCUAUCAGCAGUUCAAGGACUUCCAGCGGCGGAUCCUGGUGGCCACCAAUCUGUUUGGCCGAGGGAUGGACAUUGAGCGAGUCAACAUCGUCUUCAACUACGACAUGCCAGAGGACUCGGACACGUACCUCCACCGGGUGGCCCGUGCGGGGCGCUUUGGCACCAAGGGCCUGGCCAUCACUUUUGUGUCUGACGAGAAUGAUGCCAAAAUCCUCAAUGAUGUUCAGGACAGGUUUGAAGUGAAUGUGGCAGAGCUUCCGGAAGAGAUCGACAUCUCCACAUACAUUGAGCAGAGCCGGUAACCUCGCGCCUGACGGACGGCCCAGGUCCCCCCUGCUCCCCCUCGUGCCACUAGUCCUCCUAGGCAACAGUGGCCUUUCUUUUACCGUUGAAAGCUGUAGAUUUGUGUCAGAAUAAAUUUGUAUUAUGGAA